CCGGUGGCUGCUCCGGCACCAGCGAGACUCGGGCUUCAGCCGCCACCGCCUCUCUGGCCCGCCAUGGGCUCCUGAGGUUUACUUCCCACUCUCAGGGCUUCCCUAAGGGAAGCCAUUUCCACGAAGCACAAUGAUGGUGACCCAGGCUGUGCUGGCCCCUGAGCCAGCCUCCCCCCCAACCACAGCAGCACCCCCCAGCUUCUCCUGGAUCCCCAAGGGCAGCCCGACCGCUAUGGAGCAGCCCAUCUUCCUGAUGACCACAGCAGCCCAGGCCAUCUCUGGCUUCUUUGUGUGGACAGCUCUGCUCAUCACUGGUCAUCAGAUCUACAGGCACCUGCGCUGCUAUAGCUGCCCCAAUGAGCAACGCUACAUUGUCCGCAUCCUCUUCAUUGUGCCUAUCUACGCCUUUGACUCCUGGCUCAGCCUCCUCUUCUUCACCAAUGACCAGUACUAUGUGUACUUCAGCACUGUGCGUGACUGCUAUGAGGCUUUUGUCAUCUACAAUUUUUUGAGUCUCUGCUAUGAAUACCUUGGAGGAGAAAGUGCCAUUAUGUCAGAGAUCAGAGGGAAGUCCAUUGAGUCGAGCUGCAUGUAUGGUACCUGCUGCCUCUGGGGGAAGACUUACUCAAUUGGCUUCCUCAGGUUCUGCAAACAGGCCACCCUGCAGUUCUGUGUGGUGAAACCCCUCAUGGCCAUUAGCACAGUGAUCCUCCAGGCCUUUGGCAAAUACAGAGACGGUGACUUUGAUGUCACUAGCGGCUACCUCUACGUGACAAUCAUCUACAACAUCUCAGUCAGCCUGGCCCUCUAUGCCCUCUUCCUCUUCUACUUUGCCACUCGGGAGCUGCUCAGCCCCUACAGUCCUGUCCUCAAAUUCUUCAUGGUCAAGUCAGUCAUCUUCCUUUCCUUCUGGCAAGGUAUGCUUCUGGCUAUCCUGGAGAAGUGCGGGGCCAUCCCCAAGAUCCACUCGGCCGAGGUGUCCGUGGGGGAGGGCACUGUGGCUGCUGGCUACCAGGACUUCAUCAUCUGUGUGGAGAUGUUCUUCGCCUCCCUGGCUCUGCGCCACGCCUUCACCUACAAGGUCUAUGCCGAUAAGAGGCUCGAUGCCCAAGGCCGCUGCGCCCCCAUGAAGAGCAUCUCCAGCAGCCUCAAGGAGACCAUGAACCCCCACGACAUCGUCCAGGACGCCAUCCACAACUUCUCCCCGGCCUACCAGCAGUACACCCAGCAGUCCACCCUGGAGCACGGCCCCUCCUGGAGGAAUGGCUCCCACGUGCUGGCCCGCUCCCACAGCCUCGGCGGUGGCAGCCGGGACAACGAGAAGACCCUCCUGCUGAGCUCGGAUGAUGAGUUCUAGGGGCCGCUGGGGCUGGAGGACGAGGCCUGGGGCGGCCUCCCCGAGCCCAGGGGGCGCCGGACGCUGGCUCCCAGCCUCAGAACCUUUAAUUUAUUCAACCAGAAACACUUCCCGGAUGGCAGGGGCCUUGGCCCAGCACAGGGCCCCCAAGAGGAGGAGCGGGCCCGGGCGUCUCACCGGAACCCUUCUAAGGGACAAACCUUCUAAGUGACAAACCAUGGGCCCCUGGGCUUGGGCUCAGCCACCUAGGGGGGCCGGGAGGGGGUCCUGCUGCUGCCCCCCAGCACUGAUGUGUGUGUGAGCUGGAUGGGGGGGUCUGCCCCAAGCCACACUCAUCUUCUUCCCGGCCCCCACACUGUCUCCCUUGGCCUUGAUGGCAAGCCAGGCCCCCCAGGCCCAGGGAUGGGACUGGGCGUAGCACCUCCCUCCCCACCUCAUUGUGCAAUACUUCCCUCCUUCCUUUGUUCCCCGGUGGGUCUCUCAGCCUUGCUUUAGAGAGAGAAAUUGGAAGGAGCCUGGGCUGGCCCUCCCCUGAGAGAUGUGGGUCCGUGGCAGAAUGGCCGCUCCCGGCCCUGGGUGCCCCGAUCUUCUCAAGAGACCCCCAGCUUUCCUCUGGGAAGUGAAUGCCGCGGUGUGGUGUGAGGCCUCAGGCUUGGUCCUGUCUGUCUCUGACCAGUUUCUCUAUGACCUAAAUAGUCCAGAGGCCUGAAAGCUGGCCCUCCUAAAUGCCAGGGGAGGGGAGGAAAGAAGAUGGGGGCCUUUCCUGGGGCGCGGGAAGGGAGGCAGGCCCCGGCCCCGUCUCCUGAAGCCCCGUCUCUGUGUGCCUUAGUUUCACUGCGAUCUCCGCCCCUGCCCUCCCUGCCAGGCGGGUCCACCUGGUCCAGCCCCGGCUCCGGGAGCCAGCUGCCACCUGGACGUUUGCCACCAGGAUCGCUGGGCUCUGAGAGCCGGGGGGGGGGGGGGGCAGGUGUCAGGGUGCCUCCCCGAUCCUCGCCCGUACUGCCACCCCCCUGUUCAUUCCCCCCUUGAGGCCUCUGUAGCCCAGGAAAGGCUGGAUUAGUCCAUCUUCUCUUGUAGCUGGUAAAUCAGAGCUCUGACAUGCAUGAAGCAUCCCUCCCCACCCCCUCCCAUACCCCCUGCCUCGGGGAGCCCCAGAUGCACCCCCCGCCCCCUCCCCCGGCUUCAGGAGGGAAGGCUCUCCCUUUGCGCCUGAUUUAUCUCAGAGUCCUCAAGAGGCUCUCCUUGGGAGGGAGGGAGGGAGGAACGGGUCGUGCCCUCCAGGGCAGAUGGCUCCUCGGCCUUGAGCAGGGCUCACAGAGAUAACUUGAUGGGUGAACCCCAGGGGACAGGGCAGCCCUCCUGGGACCGUUCAGGAGCCCAGCGCCCGCCAACGGGCCCCUCCUCCUCUCCUCUCUCGCUGCCUCACCCCUGAAGGCCUGUGCCAGAGCCCCGCGGGGGGCAGGGUCCUCCCUGCCCUUUUGGGGAACUUGCCCCCGCACCCUUUUUCUAUGAGUCGUAUUUUCCGGUAGAGUAGCUCUUUGUAUAUCAAGAAGACUUGAAACCUUCGUCGUAUGGUGUCUGACCAGGCAGAGUCCCCUAGUUUUGUACCUCAGGUAGGCUUGCCGGCUCCCCCAAAAGCAGCUCCCUCUAUUUUGGUCUCUGUGAUAUUUUAAAGGUGCCGGGACAGGAGCAAGCGGAGAAGCGGAGAGAUUAUAUAUAUAUAUAUAUAUAUCUGUCUAUAUAUGA